GGAUGGGGGGGGGGCAAAAUACCCAGACUCACAUUGUACCAAGUAUGAGACAGUAGCCAGACCAGGCCACAUCUGGAGAGCUGGGGUGGGUGGCAGAACAUCUCAUCAACACCCAGCCCACACCCCAUCCCUAAUACUCAAGGGACCCAGCGAUACCCAGACCUAGCAGCCUGAGUAGUAAUCAUCUGAGACGGGGUCAGUUACCACAUUCACCCACCCCUACCCUUUUCACCCCUGCCUGCCUGUUCACCAGCCCCCAUGCCCCACACCACCUCUGACUCCCAAGCUCCAGUUCCUGUGCAGAUGGCCCAGAAUGGGCAGACUUCAAGACAGCCAUUAAGCAAAGAUGUCUCCCCAAGCAUCAUCAGGGUGUUGGUGAAGACGCCUAAUACCCAAAAGGAAUUCGUGGUGUCCGACAAUACUACCGUGAGUCAAUUCAAAGAGGCCAUCUCGGCCCAGUUCAAGUGCAACGUUGACCAGCUAGUGCUGGUCUUUGUGGGCCGCAUCCUGAAAGAUCAGGACACUCUGUACCAGAGGGGUAUCUUGGAUGGCUACACAGUGCAUCUGGUCAUCAAGUCUAAGAGUGGUCCCCCAUCCCAGCUCUCUGGGCCCCAUGGACCGGCUGCCCUGGAGUCUUGUCCUCUAGAGGGAAUAGGAAAGGUAGUGGGCAGUGGGGGGCGUCAGCCCAGCUGCCCUAACCGAAACUCACUGCCCUCUGUACCAGCCGUUGGGCCUGAGAAGCCCAAAUCCCCAUGUCAGUUUCCGCAGCCACAUGCUACGCACACUCCAGAGAGGAUGGCUCAGAUGCUCGAGAGUCCAGUGAUCCAACAGCUUCUCUCCAACACUGAGUUAAUGAGGCAGCUGAUCAUGGACCACCCUGAGGUUCAACAGCUGAUGAAACAGAAUCCCGAGGUAGGCCACAUCCUUGACAACUCAGAGAUUCUGCGGCAUACCCUUGACCUGGCCAGGAAUCCAGCCAUGAUGCAGGAGAUGAUUCAGAGACCAGAUAUGCCAAGGACCCCAGAAGGGUUCUGGGGUAAUGAAACAAACCCCGGAGGGGACAAUGCCCUGGGGCGGAACUAUACAGACCUCCCUGAUUCAUUGUUUGCUGGUAUCCAGGAUCCUUUGAGGGAGAAUCUUUUCUCUGAGCUCAUGAAUGGGGCUUCAUCCCAUGGAGGCACCUCCAAAAGUAACUGCCCAGAGAAGCAGGAUUCAACACCCAUGCCCCGUGUUAUACACAGUCCCUCCCAGAGCCAUCCCCACAGUGGCCCUCCUUCUUCUCCUGCUCCUACUUCUACUGGCACAGCCAGUGCCCCAGCUGCCAUGUUCAAGGGUCUAAGCCGGGCACAUUCCUGUGGCAUCCAAGGCAUCCCUGCUCUGAGUGGCUCAGAGUCUCCUGAGAAGAGCAAGACAGACAAAGCCUUCCAGAAUAAGGCAGACGACCCCCAGCAGCAAGAAGAGAUGCACUCUGAGACUCAGUUUACAGGAAACAUGCUGCAGCUGCUGGUGCAGAACCCACAUCUGGCAGCACAGAUGAUGCUCUUCAUGGGAUCGCCUCAGCUCUACGAGCAGAUGCGACAACAGCUGCCCACCAUUCUGCAGCAGAUGCAGCUGUCAGACCUGCUGCUGGCCCUGGCAAACCCCAAAGCAUCUCAGGCACUGCUGCAGAUUGAACAAGGCCUACAGAUGCUGUCCAAAGAAGCUCCGGCCUUGCUGCCAUGGCUUACCCCAUACCUGUGGGGCUUGGGGUGGAAUGCCUUCCCGGAGACCACUGCAGUGGGGGCUCAGGGCAAGGAGACUUCUAGCCUCCCAGGCAGAGGCAAGACUGACACCCGCUACCAGCCCCUUGCCAUCCUGCAGCGUCUUCAGGCUCUUGCUGGCGGCUACUCCCAGCAGAUGCAGCCUCCUGAAGUCCGCUUUCGCCCCCAGAUGGAGCGUCUGAGAGCCAUGGGUUUCCGGAACCACAAUGCCAACCUUCAGGCUCUGAUUGCCACUGAAGGGGACACCAGUGCCGCUGUCCGGAGGCUCAAGCGGUCCCAGGCAUCUUAACUGUCUUGUUCCCCUUCUCAUGUCUCCCUGCCCCUUCCCCUGGGUUUGCCCGUCCUGGGAUGUGAAAAAACAGCUAGAUCCUUUCCCUAUGGAACAACUGACCAUUGGCCGCAGUGGAAAUAAAGUGUGAUGGCUACAUGUGA